AGGAACGACAACGAACUCAUCUAGGGCAGCACUUUGUUGGCUUUACGUUACCGAUUGCAUUGCCAGUGUUUGCAGAGCUCUCCAGAGCUGGCGGAUAAAACGAUAUCGCUGAAGAUACUCGUGCAUAAACAUCCAGAUAAAGCUCCCUCCCGUGAGGUCAAGUGGGAGCUGUAUUUCGCGGAAACUGUAAUACCCCCUCAGAAUCAGACGAUCCGUGAAGCUACAACCGAUCACUAGCCACCAUGCAGACGAAGCAACUUCUCCUCUGGAUCGCACUGACGGUCCUCUUGCAUUGGACCGAGGCUCAGGAGGAUAAUAUCCAUGAACUUAGCGUGAACGCAGCCACAGAACAGACGCCUGAAAUGGAGGCAGGGACUACGUUGUCGGAACCAAAAGAACUGAAGUCAUCUGAAAUGCAGGAACAGAAUGAUAAAAACUCAACAGCAAACGAAAGCGGAGAUGACAAGCCAAAGGAAUCUUCAAUGGGUACAGCCGACAUGCCUUCAUCGGGGGAACAUUUAGAUCUGGGUCCACAAUCAGAAGCGGAUAAACAGCCGGAAUCGUCCAUGGGUUCUGCAGAUAUGCCAUCAUCAGGCGAACAGUUAGAUCUGGGUGGCCAAUCAGAAGCGGAUAAGGAAGAGCCACCAGCUGAGAAACCUCCAAUGGAUACAGAGGAUAUUCCUACUAAAGAGGAAGAAAAAGAUCCGGAUGAACCUUCAAAGGGAACAUUGGAUAUUCCUUUUGCAGGGGAACAAACAGAACCGCCAAUGGGAGAAUCAGAAAUUCCUGCCCAUCCAAAACCCGUAGAAUCAGAGCACACAGGAACAUCAACCGAAACAACCGAAUCAACUGAAAAUACCGAUAAGGAUAAGCCAGCAACAGAAACGGAAGCACCUCCGCACCCUCCUGCUGAGGAUUACCAAGACGAUGCACCGCAUGAGGAACCAACAGAGCCCGCUCCGGCAACCACCCAACCUACACCUGCGACCACCACACCCCCCCCAACCUCAGCUCUACCCGUACCACUAUUUCCAUCAAUAAGUUGCUUCAGCUGCAGCAACUGCAAGGAGAAGCCCAAGAAUCGAACAAAGUGCGCUUCGACUCCGGGAAAACGUAAUGGGUGCCUAACUUUCGUCAAGAAUGAUGAAAAGCUUGUGCUGCGUGGCUGCAUUUCCGAACUGGCGGAGAGUGGCCACAACUACUGCAAAUCGAAUGCGAAAGGCUGUGAAAUGUGCUACGAGAACGACUGUAAUGCCAAGGAGGUGACGCUGUCGAAUGCGGCAGCUGCUCCUCUGCUGGGCAGUGCCCUUAUCUGGGGAAUUUGUAUACUUAGGUGUCUGGUGACGAUGUAGGAACCCCUCGACUCUGAGUCAUGACCGUUUUAAAAUUCUAUUGAAAUCGAUAAAUAUGAUAAGGGAGGAGAGAUACGCCAUGCACAUUUAAAUCAAUUUCGUUCGUGAAAAGCUUGGUGGAGUAUUUGAUUCAUUUUAAGCAUUACCGGGUAUACUUUUAGAAAAGUUUAUUUCAAAAAUUGUUAAGUAAAUGAUUAAUAAAUGUACAUAAUGCAGCAAAAUGAGAAACAUGAAUGAA